CCUCCUCCUCCUCCUUCUUCUCCUGUACGUAGGUCUUCCUGAUCAUCUGUCUUCCACAAGGGCGGAACUCUAUGCCAUCCUUGAGGCCCUCCAUAUAUCACUGUAGCUCUAAGGAUCCUCAAUAAACUCUCAAUCAAUCCAUCAAUCUUCUCCUCCUUCUCCUGGGCCGUUGAGAGGAUGGAUGCUGCCCCGCCGCUGACAAGAUCCCAGACCUGUCAUCAACACCACCACCUGGGACGGGGCCGAGGGAGGAAGUUUCCCUUUGAGCCGCGCGUCCACUGUCGAGUAUCACAAUGACCCUCACCAAGCAACCAAUCGACUUCCUAAUAUACCUGAUACUCUUCGGAUCGGCAAUUUUCGUCAAUAAGUAUGUCCUCUCGGUGCUCAAGUUCACCUACCCGACCAUCUUCCAAGGCUGGCAGACCCUCGUGGGCGGCAUCCUGCUCCGAGUUCUCCUCUCCAACAAGUGUCUGUCAGUCUCCACCACAGACCUCGACAAGCCUGGGUUCAUAUCACUCCUGCCGUCGUUUCUCUUCUUCUCAGCGGGGAUUGUUGCAAGCUCCAAAGCCCUGGCAAACCUAAGUGUUCCUAUGUUCCUGUGCUUACAAAAUUCCCUUGGGGCUGUGCUGUACCUGAUGGACGUAGCUCCCAGCUUUAGGAACGUUGCCGGGCCCGUCCCCUUGCUGGCCACCCUCACCACCAUCGGGACAGCUGUGGCCGCCGUCCUUUCCGAUAUCGACAUGACGUUUUCAGACUCCCCGUACUUCUGGAUGUUGGUCAACCUGGCGUGUAUGGCUGUGCAGGCGCUUCACUCCAAGAUUGCCGACGCUCGCUACACGGAAGUUGACCGACUUUACUUCUCUUAUGUCUUCAGUGUCAUCGUUCUGGCGCCUGUGUCCCUGUACUUGGAAGAGGCAUUUGAGGUGCUACACUUCCCCAAUGCCAUGCGCUAUGACUUCUACGCUGGCUGCCUCCUGUCAGGUAUCCUCGGCCUGUUCCUCAACCUCUCCCUCAUGAAGGUACGGAAGCAGACUCACUUCUCGGUGGUGGAUGCAUCGGGGAGACUCCUUACCUCCCUCCUGGCCCUGGCAACCUUCAACGACGUUACGAGCCUCACCGUCAAGAUCCUAAUUGGCGUGAACCUAUUUGUCGGGGUAUUUGUGCCCAUCCCAACCAUUAGUGCCGCAGAGGAGCCGGACGAGCUUACCGAGCCACUGGUGGAGGGCGCAUGAGUUGUCCAGGUGUGUGGGGGGGACUGGAGGGGCUACUAAAGGGGGCAGCUCAGGGGUGGGGGGUGAGUGAGGGGUGUCUCGGUGCUGGCCUCGGCCUUGUGAAUGGGAGGUUGGUGACGAGGGGUUUGACGUGUGGUGUAUUUAUUUAUAAUGUGUACUAUUGUGUCUUGGUUUGUAUGUGAUGUAUGUGUGCUUUGAGGCUUGUACACACACACACACACACACACACACACACACACACACACACAUUUAAGCAGAGAGAGAGAAAGUGCGAGAGAGAGAGAGUGUGUUUUGAGGCUUGUACAUACACACAUUCACACACACACACACACACACACACACACACACACACACACACACACACACACAAACACACAAACUUACACUUACAUACAUAAACACACACACACACAUUUAAGCUGAAAGAGAGCAAGAAAGUGCGAGAGAGAGAGAGAGAGUUCAUAAACAUAACAAUUAACUUUUUUAUUUUAAUUAGAGCCAUUUUCCAAGAGAGAUUGCAUACAUGGCCACUGCUGCAUACAUGUAUUGGUGCCAAGCACAUAUAAUUUAUUCAAGAGAGGGCAGAAUUGUGAUGAAUCAGUUUCCAAGAAGCUGAAAGGUGACACAGAAUGAUGAAUGGCCUAUAGCAAGGUGUUCUUCCUCUGCCUAUAAUCUUCAUCCAUUGGUGACGUCAAAGGGUGUGGUAGUCAGAAUCAAACUCGGUUAGAAUAUAUCCGACUCGGACUCCAUUACGAUAUGUGUGGUGUGGUAUGGUGUGGUGGAGUUUGAUUUGCCUACCACUAUACCGCAGAAGAAGGUAUGAUUUGAGGGAGUCACAGUUGAAGUCGCAACCUUAAAAUUCCCGGGAGUCUGAGUCGAGAUUUCUUGCAUCCGACUCCACACCCUUGACGUCGCUGUAAAUAGAAUAGGAACGUACUGUGUGGUGAGGCCGGCAGCUGUGUUGUUUUGUCAUAUCAGAGAUGGAACCAACACAUUCCACAGGCAGCUUCAGAGCCAUAGAGUACGUGCGUUUUGGCUAAUAUGAUCACAGGUGCCAUUCUUUUACCUAAUGAGCCUUGCAAAAUUCAAAUUGGUGUUGGUAUUAGUGUUUUAUGUGGUAUAGAUAUCGGCAUUGUUUUGAUUACGUACCUACAACACAUUUUUCCUCCUCCUCCUCCUCAUCCUCAUCCUUCCCUUCGUUUCUCCCUGGUUCUUCCCUUUCUUCUACCUUUCCUUCACUCUCCCUUUCUUCCGCUCUCCUCCUCUUCAGCUGUCUAACUAUUAUCCGAGGUCUUGUCGCACAGAAAAACACUCUUGAAUCACCAUCACUUUGAAUUUCACAUGGCUCUUCUGGCAACAACAUGGCGACUGUGAUCAAUGUGGCCAAGCGCUCUAUUUUAUGACUCUGGGCAGCUUCUUCCAGUCAAUCUCCUUCCUUCCUUUCCCUUCAAUACGUCUUUUGGUUACGAUGUGUCUCAUGGCGAACGAAAACGCUUGAUUCAGUUUCGUUUUCACAGUUUUCCCACCAGUGAUUUUUUGUCCCUCGAGAAACUUGAGUCAAUAUUCGCACGUCGUAUGGAUUAAUUUUCGACUCGGUUCACACUGAGGCAUAUUUCCAUCCAUUAUAAAGCGUCCAUGUGUUUGUUGCGUGUUGUCGAAGGGAGAGUUUCAUUAGGCACAGUUUGUAGCGAGUCAUUCCUCUGCACGGUUUGUCUUCACUCAGAGCCAUAGAAAGAAUGGGAGAGAUUGGCCGACUUGAUCACAUGCGCCGUUCUGUUACCAAAAGAGCCGUUUGACCCGGUAGAUUUUCUUGCCCUCCCUUUCCUUUUAAACAUACUCACUCCCUUCCUCUUUUUCUCCCUUUGCUGUCCCUUCCCUUCCUAACCCUUCCCUCCCUUACCCGACAGUCUUUCUUAUCCUCCCUUUCUUUCUUCUCCUUUCAGCACCCUCCUCCCUUCCUUUACCUCCCUUCCCUUCCUUACCCUUCCCUUCCUUUCUCUCCUUUCCCUUCCUUUCCCUUCCCUUACCUUCCUUUCCCUCCCCUUACCUCCCUUCCUUUACCUUCCCUUCCCAUCUUGUUUUUUUUAUGGAAAGGGAAAAAAAAAAGAAGAGUGAAAUUGAGAUUGAAGGAAGGAGGCAAAGGAAAAGGAGGAGGAGAUAAAAUGGAGGAAAGAAGGAAGGAAAGGAGGAGAAGGAAAAGAAAAGGCCUGUGAUCACAUUAGCCAAACUCUCCUGGUAUUCAGUGGCUCUGUUCAGACCUAUAGUCACCUCUAAAAGUCUGUUCAUGAUAUUUUACAAAUGCAAUUAUUUUAUGUCAUACUUUAACUUGUAUUUUUUUAACCGUACAUAAAUGAAAGCUUUAAUUAAUGUGUAGAUGGUGUUACGGAAGGAUUAGUUUGGGUAUAGAGAUCAGUUUUAUAUAUACGUAAAGGGAAUGUGUGUUACGUAUUGUCCGAAGGAACGUGAUGGUGUACAAGGUCUUCAGUUUAUUGCCAUGGGAGUACGUAAUAGGACAAGAUAUUAAUAAGGGAGUGUGUUACGAACUUUACAAAUGAAGUUAAGUGUAUAAAAGUCAAUGGGAAUUUAUAUUAGGACAAGAUAGGGAGUUACGUAUUGCCCAAAUGAACGUAAUGGUGUAUAAGGUCUUCAGUUUAUUGCCAUGGGAGUACGUAAUAGGUCAAGAUAUUAAUAAGAGUGUGUUACAAACUUUCCAAUUGAAGUUAAGUAUAUAAAGUCAUUGGGGCUUUAUAAUAGGACAAGAUAAGGGAAUUACGUAUUGCCCAAAUGAAGGUCUUCAGUUUAUUGCCAUGGGAGUAUGUAAUAGGUCAAGUUAUUCAUAAGGGAGCGUGUUACGGACUUUCCAAAUAAAGUUAAGUGUAUAAAGUCAAUGGGGCUUUAUAAUAGGACAAGAUAAGGGAAUUACGUAUUGCCCAAAUUAAUGUAAUGCGUACAAGGUCUUCAGUCUAUUGCCAUGGGAGUACGUAAUGGGUCAAGAUAUUAAUAAGGGAGUGUGUUACGGACUUUCCAUAUGAAGUUAAGUGUAUAAAGUCAUUGGGAAUUUAUAUUAGGACAAGGUAUGGGAAUUACGUAUUGCCCAAAUGAACGUAAUGGUGGACAAGGCCUUCAGUUUAUUACAAUGGGUGUUUGUAAUAGGCCAAGAUAUUAAUAAGGGAGUGUGUUACGGACUUUCCAUAUGAAGUUAAGUGUAUAAAGUCAAUGGGUCUUUAUAAUAGGACAAGAUAAAGGAAUUACGUGUUGCCAAAAUGAGCGUAAUAUGUACAAGGUCUUCAGUUUAUUGCCAUGACAGUACGUAAUGGGACGAGAUAUCAAUAAGGGAAUUACGUAUUAUCCAAGUUAACUAAAUGAUGUGCAAGGUCUUCAGUUUAAAACAAUGGGGGGGUGUAAUAGGACAAGGUAUUAAUAAGAGAGUGUGUUACAAACUUUCCAAAUGAAGUUAAGUGUAUUAAGUCAUUUAGGAUUUAUUAUAGGUCAAGAUAAGGGAAUUACGUAUUGCCCAAAUGAACGUAAUGGUGUAUAAGGUCUUCAGUUUCCUACCAAAACUCCUAUGAUAAGUCUUCUAAUGAGAGUUUUUUUAGGUUCACGUUACAGUGGAAGGGUCAGACUACCACCAGGGUCUUAAAACAACCCCUGGAAAUGCCCCAAAAGUCCUAGGAAAGCCUUGUCAAAUAUGUGCGUACUUGGGCGCUGGAAAUGUAUGAGAAAAUGAGUCUCGGUGCAUCACUGUAGGAGAUAAAACAAAAAAAGUCUUGAUGAAUGUGCAUGGGAUUAAUUUUGAUCUAUUUUCGUUAGUGAGAAGAAUAGCUAGGCGAGGGUUUGUAGCAGAGCAUUGGUGUAAACUGUGUAGGAUAAGGUGUUUGUAGUUUGCCUUCCAGCAGACCUAGGAACCAAUUGUAACCUUUUUAUAUGGAGUGAGUGAGUGGUCUGUAUAGUAGGUUUUAUUAAUAAAUUUUUACCCCACA